GUCGCUCUUACUACUUUCAGGUCUCUCUCUCCCUGCCCCUCCGUCUCCGGUUUCCUGUUUCGCUCCGCCCACCCAUGAUGCCUCUCCUACGGAACGCAUUUUAGUACAUGCUGCGCACAAAUACCUCUGCUGCAUGCGUUGUCCUAUGCCUUCUCUAUAGCUCAAUCUCCUCCUCACAGUCUCUCGCUCCCCCUCCCACCAUGGCAAAAUCUCUCUCCCUCUCAUGUUCAGCUGCCCCUCCCAUCCUCCGUGUCCAGUCUCACUCGUGUUGCUUUUCCUCAUGCUCCGUUAAAGGCAGAGCUGAUGAUCUCACCCAAGGCAGGGGCUGCACCACAUCCACAAGAACCGGGCCGUUCAUAAAGACAUCAAGAGCCUGAACAUCGUGCUCACAGAGACGGCCAAAGUGAAGAACAGAGGUUCUAUAUGAGAAUGGGAGGAAUUUGGGCAUAUGCAAAUCAAUACCCGGUGGAGCACCUGAUAAUAGAAGCCCAACCACCGAAGCUUCUAUCAAACAGAUGGUCACAACGUUUUGUGUCCUUCUUGGAGUCCUGUCUGAAGAAGGAUCCUUCAGAGAGAGGGAGUGCUGAAGAACUCCUGCAGCACCCAUUCAUCACCCAGCUGCCUCCUAAGAAGAUGAUCAGGGCUGAGAUUGAUGAACAUCUCCGGACUCUGCAGAACCGGCCGGCCAAGAAAGGACUGAAGGGAGUAGCUCUCUGGACCCAGAAACAGCUGCGGCGUGCUUGAGACUUCUGCGCACAGACAUUGGCAGAACAAGAAGCAGCUCUGCAAAUGGCCAUGGAGGGCUUCUCCUGUUAGUGAUCUUGUGGCCAAUAACAUCAACAGCCCAGAAUGAGAUGCCUGAAGAAACAUCCACAGGAUCCAGUGGCGUCUGCAGCUCCACCAGCAACAUCUCCUUUUAGGCUACUGCAGUUCAGCCAGUGGUGACUUCAAGAUUCCCGAAACUCCACCAGCAGGGACUUCAUAUCCUUCUGUAGCUCCAUAUUCAUAUUCUUUUCAGACAACCACAUCGCCUCCAGUGGUGUCUUCAGUUUACAUCACUCCACCAGCAGUCUCACAUUCAAGGGCCACAUCUCCACCUCACUUUCCAACUGCCAUAGUUCCAUCCAUCUAACUUUUUUUUUUGCAGACUACAACUCCAACAUCUUGCCUUAAGCAUCUACAUUUCACACAACCAUAGCUCCAUCAUUCAUAUCCACCUCUACAGCUCCACUAGCAGCCCACUAGCAGCAUUCACAUUUUCAAACGCCAUAUCUCCAUUAUUAGGACCUUAGUUUUCAUUAGUAUCCAAUUACCAUAUCUCCACCCAAGGACUUUUCAUUUAACUUUAGCUCCACCACCAGCCCGUAUCCCAUAUUUUACCUCUACCCGCAGGUUCUGUCCUUGUGCUAUCACACCUCCACUUAUACCUUCUUUCAUUCACAUAUCAUCGCGUUCUUCUCUUUAAAAUAUCUUUUAAUCCUUGCCCUUCUUCCUGCACCUCCAUUGGUUCUUCCAUUCCACCAAGACAUUUAGUCACCACCACACAGCACACACUAAAAUGAUGCCACCCUACACAGAGGUUUCUCUUCUCCACUUUUUUCUUUUGCUUCCCCCUGCAAUCUACUAACACCAAUUCCUCAGUGGUUCUUCCUAUUCAAAUUGUCUUGCUAUCCCUUCAAUCCACUCAACAACCAGUUACAUCUCCUACUCUAAACCUUGACAUAAACUCUUAGUACUGAUACUGACAUAAACUCAUAGUACAAGUUGA